AGACGACACCAUUCUGUAUACUUCUGGCCCUUCCUUGGACACUGUGUUAACUAACCUCCAGACGAGCUUCAAUGCCAUACAACUUUAUUGCCUUACCUACCUAAUCUUGCCUCAUUUGCACACACUGUAUAUAGAUUUUUUCUAUUGUAUUAUUGACUGUACGUUUGUUUAUUCCAUGUGUAACACUGUGUUGUUGUUUGUGUCGCACUGCUUUUCUUUAUCUUGGCCAGGUUGCAGUUGUAAAUGAGAACUUGUUCUCAACUGGCCUAACUGGUGAAAAAAAAAGGUUAACUGGCUAACGUUACUGACAGAUUCAUUCUUACACGGAACCCAAACUGGCUGCGUGGGUGUGCCAUUGUGCAUACAUUUAUUUUGUCCCCCCACACCAAACGCGAUCAAUGAUACGCAGGUUAAAAUAUCAAAACACCCUCUGAACCAAUUACAUUAAUUUGGGGACAGGUCGAAAAGCAUCAUACAUGUAUGGCAAUUUAGCUAGCUAGCUUGCACAUGCUAGUUAAUUUGUCCUGGGAUAUAAACAUUGAGUUGUUAUUUUACCUGAAAUGCACUAGGUCCUCUACUCCGACAAUUAAUCCACACAUAAAAUGGUCAACCAAAUUGUUUCUAGUCAUCUCUCCGCCUUCCAGGCUUUUUCAUCUUUGAACUUAUAUGGUGAUUGGCAUCUAAACAUUCAUAGUAUUACCACGACGACCAGUAAACCAGUUUGUCUUUCAACCAAUGAGGAGAUGGCAAGUGGGUACCUGCUUCUAUAAACCAAUGAUGAGAUGGGAGAGGCAUAACUUGCAGCGCGAUCUGCGUCAGAAAUGGGAAAGACUUAUAGUUUAGCCCUUGGCAACGCAGAUGCUCGUUGGCGCGUGUGAGCAGUGUGGGUGCAGUAAUUGACUAAUUGACCUACAAUCCAAGAUUAAUUCUGAUCUUAACUCCACUGUUUUUAUUGUAUGAAAAACUGAUGAUGGUGGUGUGCACUUUGUAUGCAUUGAGUCAAAGAUGGUUCUCUUGUGAUUUCUCUGUGUGACAAGACUAUGUCGGUGAGUAAAUAAUUAGCCUCUGCCAUCCAUUAUAUUGGCGAACGUAGCCACAAUCACUAGAGCACCAACUGACGAGCUCAGUUCAAGACUAUCCUAUCAACAAGACCUGAAGGACUGUAGGGAGUUGUGGCUGAAUCAGGACAUGGACACACCUAGCUGGUGCGCAAUCUCUAAUGUUAUGGAAGUCUUGAGGUUUUACUCACUUUAGAAUACCUCAUGAUAAGCUGCAGACCACACUAUUUACCAAGAGUUUUCAUCUAUAGUUUUUGUAGCUUUCUAUUUACCACCACAAACCAAAGCUGGCAGUAAGACCACACUCAAUGAGCUGUAUAGGGCCAUAAGCAAACAAGAAAAUGUACAUCCAGAGGCGGCACCCCUAGUGGCCAGUGGUGAUGGUAGGCAACACACAUCCGCCAUGCUAACCCUCAACACGGGGGCCCUGCAAGGGUGCAUGCUUAGUCCCCUCCUGUACUCCCUGUUCACCCAUGACUGCGUGGCCACGCACGUUCAUUAAGUUUGCUGACAACAAACGGUGGUUUGCUUGAUCACCACUGACAAUGAGACAGCCUAUAGGGAGGAGGUCAGUGACCUGGCAGUGUGGUGCCAGGACAACAACCUCUCCCUCACUGUCAGCAAGACAAAGGAGCUGAUCGUGGACUACAGGAAACGGAGGGUCGAGCACGGCUCCAUCCACAUCGACUCAUCUGUAGUGGAGCGGGUCGAGAGCUUCAAGUUCCUCGGUAUCCACAUCACUAAGGAAUUAUCAUGGUUCCACACACACCAACACAGUUGUAAAGAAGGCAUGACAAAUCCUCUUCCCCCUCAGGAGGCGAAAAAGAUAUGGCAUGGACUUUUAGAUCCUCAAAGUUCUACAGCUGCACUAUCGAGAGCAUCUUGACUGGCUGCAUCACGACUUGGUAUUGCAGCUGCUUGGCAUUGGACCACAAGGAGUUACAGAGAGUAGUGCGUAUGGCCCAGUACAUCACUGGGGCAGAGCUCCCUGCCAUCCAGGACCUCUAUACCAGGCGGUGUCAGAGGAUGAGGAAGUCACAGACUGUUCUCUCUGCCACCACACGACAACCGAUACCGAUGCACCAAGUCUAGAACCAACAGAACCCUGAACAACUUCUACCCCCAAUCCAUAAAACUGCUAAAUAUUUAGUCCAGAUAUCUCUGAUACUACAGUAUGUGGUGAGUGAUCCAGCACUAUGUCCCAGCAUGCAUUGCUGUCGGCGGGGACCAAGUCAUGGCGCUCCCUGGCCUGCUCACGAUCAGAGCUCCGUUUGGACCUCACACUAGGCUGCGGACAGAGCUUCCGCUGGCGAGAGACAGGGGAUGGCCACUGGACCGGAGUGAUGGGGGGACGAGUGUGGACUCUCACCCAGACAGACGACACACUAUGGUACCACACAUACAAUAGCCCCAACACCAUAGGAGGGGAUGGGAGGAAGCGGAGGGCAGGUUCCUUGCUCCAGGGGUCAAAGGGGUCAGGGAAAAGAUCCAAGGGAGUGAUAGAGGUGAAGGAGGAAGAAGAGGGGGAGCCAGUGGCUGUGACCCCAGACAGGAAGGAGGAAGAGCUGCUGAAUGAUUAUUUCCAGCUGAAGGUGAAGCUGGGGGAUCUGUACAGAGAUUGGGGAGCAGCCGACCCACACUUUAACAGCAUUGCCAAGAUCUUCACAGGUGUGCGUAUGCUGCGUCAGGACCCCACAGAGUGCCUGUUCUCCUUCAUCUGCACCUCUAACAACCACAUCUCUCGUAUCCAGGGCAUGGUGGAGAGGCUGUGCCAGUCCUUGGGCACCCCUCUGUGUCAGCUGGACCAGACCAGCUACCACGACUUCCCCUCCCUGCAUGCACUCGCAGACAACAGUGUGGAGGCUUGUCUGAGGGACCUGGGGUUUGGGUACAGGGCCAGGUUCCUGCAGCAGAGUGCAAGACAGAUCCUGGACUCUCACGGUGGGCCCCAUUGGCUCCAGGGGCUCCGCAGUGCCCCCUACCUGCAGGCACGUGACGCACUACGCACCCUGCCCGGGGUAGGCCCCAAGGUGGCAGACUGUGUGUGUCUGAUGUCUCUGGAAAAGGCCUGUGUUGUGCCUGUGGAUACACACGUGUGGCAAAUCGCAAAACGAGACUACAGUUGUGCGGCGGGCAACGGGCAGAAGAGCCUCACAGACAAGGUCCACCGUCAAAUAGGGGACUUCUUCAGGCAGCUGUGGGGUCCUUAUGCUGGUUGGGCACACUCGGUGUUGUUCUGUUCCGACCUGAAGAAGUUCCAGAAGCUGAAAGAAACACACUCUCUGAAACUGGAGGAGGAGGAGAAGGUCAAGAUAAAGGUGGAGGGAGAGGGAAUAAACAAGAAAAUUAUAAAAAUGUGUAAUAGAAAGGUGAACAUGUCUGUGAAAAAGGAGGUGGAGUGAGGUCAGUAGAAGUUAUGUGUUGGUGAUUUAUGUUAUUUCAGGAAGCUAACCUGAAUGUGUGUCAUUCUUUGCACACCUCUCUGGAGCAACUAGGCUAUGAGUCUGACUGUUUUACCUGUUCUCUUCAGGUUCAUGCCAUGAUUAACUGCAAACCAAGGUCGCUGUCAGUGGAGAUUGUUCCUGAUCACUUUGUAGAAUGAUGUAAGACAGAGCUAUAAAUGUGAUACACGUUAUAAAAGAGAGUUCACUCUGAACCAGACUUCUCACAUUAUCUGUCAUACAUUUAUGUUCAGCUCUAAACUGAAGGCUGGUGUUUAAUUUGACUGCGAUUUCUGUCUGUGAAUGAAGCUCUAUAGAUAUGUGUCAUUUCACACUGCCGUCUCUACAUAUGAACUACAAACAUAGAAACCGUGUGUUUAUCAUAUCUUUUCUAGAUUAAUGGACCACUACACAGACUCUGUAACAGUUCAUUUUUAUACUGAAAUUAACAGGUUUUGGACUACUUUCCUUUGUCAGUGUUGUUUGGAGAUUAUGCACACAUUUUGAAUAAAUCUAUUUGUGGAUAAUCCCACUCCUUUGA